AUAAAGUUUCAUUAUUCACCAGUAGUACUGAAAAAAAAUUGUAACAUUAGUUUCCACAAGCGUGCAGUGGGAGUUUUUCAAAAAAAAUUUCUAACAACGAUCAAAAUUUCAGUUGUUAUGUUUAUGUGUGUUGCAAGUUCUGACACGGUUUGAAACGGCAAUGGCAUAGGUACACUUUUUACAGCAAAAGAAAAAAAAGGAAAAGGAAAAUGAAUUUGUGUUCCACCUGACACAAUCACGUGAUCUCCCACAUCCAACAACAUAGUCUCACCUUGUCUUGAGUUUUGACUCACGCGCCAUCUUAGUUUUGUUUUGUGUUCCUUUUGCUGUUAUUCGCUGUCGUUGAUUGUUACUAUUCACACACUUGCCCUCACUCACUGUGUGUAAGGCUUCACCUUCCCCUCCCAGAUCUUCUUCCAUAGGUGCAAGGAAAUGGGUGUCAUCUCUCGGAAGAUCUUCCCAGCAUGUGGGAACAUGUGUGUUUGCUGUCCAGCUUUGAGGUCAAGAUCACGCCAGCCAGUCAAACGAUACAGAAAACUGCUUGCUGAUAUAUUCCCUAAGUCCCCUGAUGAGUCUCCAAGUGAAAGGAAGAUUACCAAAUUAUGUGAAUAUGCUGCAAAAAACCCUUUCCGGAUUCCAAAGAUAGCAAAAUAUCUUGAAGAAAGGUGCUACAAAGAACUCAGAUAUGAGCACAUCAAACUGGUCAAUAUCAUAGCAGAAUCCUUCAACAAGUUGCUUUCCAUUUGUAAGGUGCAGAUAGCGUAUUUUGCUGUUGAUGUGCUUAAUGUAAUUUUGGAGCUCUUGAGCUAUUCUAAGGAUGAGACCAUUCAGACACUUGGUUGCCAGUGCUUAUCAAAGUUCAUCUACUGUCAGAUGGAUGCUACUUAUACUCAUAACAUUGAAAAGUUGGUGCCGAAAGUGUGCAUGCUAUCACGGGAACAUGGUGAAGCAUGUGAAAAGCGCUGCUUGAGGGCAUCAAGCUUGCAAUGCCUUUCAGCAAUGGUUUGGUUUAUGGCCGAAUUUUCACAUAUUUUUGUAGAUUUUGAUGAGAUGGAAAUAUCUGGGAAUUCAAAUCAUCCAAGGUUUUGGAAUCAGCGCUUAAUUCUAGCUUCUGUGAUACAUCAUCUGGACCACAAAAAUGUCAUGAAUGAUCCUCAACUUAAGACCUGUGUUAUUCAGGUUGCCACAUCUUUGGCUAUGCAAAUUAGAUCUGAGAGUGGCUUGGCAGAGAUUGGUUUUGUUGGUGUCCUUUGCAGACAUCUUAGGAAAAGCCUUCAAGCCUCUAGUGAAUUUGUUGGAGAGCAAGAAUUGAACUUAAAUAUCUCACUUCAAAAUUCCAUUGACGAUUGCUUACUAGAAAUUGCCAAUGGGGUAAUUGAUGCCCAGCCACUUUUUGACUUGAUGGCGAUAAACCUAGAAAAUAUUCCAUCCGGUGUUGUUGGUAGAGCAACCAUUGGAUCUCUGAUCAUCCUUGCUCGUGCAGUCACUUUAGCAUUAAGUCACUUACAUUCAGAGCAGGGAUUUCCUGAAGCUCUUCUUGUGCAACUCCUAAAAGUAAUGUUGCAUUCAGAUGUGGAGGCUCGUGUCGGAGCACACCUUAUAUUUUCCAUUCUUCUUUUUCGAAGUUCCUUCCAUACGAAUGAGAUUUCCUCUCUGCGGUCCAGAUAUCUAGGUCAACACAACAAAAGGCAUUCUCAUGCUCCAUCUGUGUCUGCAUCUGCUUCAAUUACAGCUUUACUUGAAAAGCUCCGCAGAAACAGAAACACCAAGGCAGAAAAUCAUGUGAAUAUUGUUCAUGAUCAAGAAAGGGAUAUUGUGGCAGAAGACUGGAAGCAGGGCUGUGGCUUAAAGAAUUCUCCUAACUUUUACAAACUCACUUCUAUCAUUGAUAAGGCUACAGGAUCACCAAGUUUGACUGACACAGAACCAUAUGUUAUGAAACUAACUGAAGAUCAAAUGGCCCAGCUGCUUUCUGCCUUUUGGAUUCAAGCUGAAAUAGGAAGUUGUGAAAUAGGAAGUAAUAUUCUAUGUUGAACUGGAGCAUGUUUGAACCGCUUCCGAUAGAGCAAGUUGAAGCUCUUCUUGCUCACAAAGCGCGUCUCAACAAAUUCACCAAACAGUUUCAGUCUGAUUCACCUUUCAUCAAUUAUUCACAAGCACAUCAAAUGUCUUCUGCGGUCAGCUCCGAUGGUUUUUCUCUGCCAAACAAGACAAAUCCAAAGAGUUUUCCCGCUUUUUGUGGUGGAUCUGACCGUGGUAGUGGUAGUUCUCACUGCCGUGGUGGUGGUGCUGGUCGUGGCCACAGCAGUGGUCAUUUUGCCAACUUCCAGAGUCAGGUGUGUUUCAAAUUUGGUCACACUGCUUCUGUUUGCAAUUACCACUAUGAUCAGUAUUAUCAACCAAACUUGUCCUUUGUUCUUCAUGAUCCUCUCGGUCCAAGUUAUUCUCAGAUCACUUCCACUCAAACUUCAAAUAACUACACCAGUUAUUCACAAAAUAGUAACAGUUCUGGCCAAAACUCUGGUGAUACUAGACCUGCUAAUGUUUGGACUAAUACCAAUUACAAAUCUGUCAGUAACAAUCCUCAGUCCAAUCAUAGUGCUAUUCACAAACACUCAACCUCAAUCCAAUUCUACCAAUUGGAUUCUAGAUUCUGGUGCUUCAUUCUAUGUUACUGGUGAAUCUCAAAACAUUCAGCAACUAGAGCCUUUUGAAGGUCCUAAUCAGAUAUUCAUAGGCAAUGGUCAAGGUUUGCAAAUCCACUCUUCUUUGGAGAAUUGGCAUUCAACCAUGCAAUUGGAAUAUGAAGCUUUAAUAAAGAAUCACACUUGAGAUCUAGUACCUCUUCCAUCAAACAGGAAUGCUAUUGGUUGUAAUGGGUUUUUAGGGUCAAGGAAAAUGCAGAUGGCUCUAUUAACAUAUUUAAAGCAAGACUGGUUGCCAAAGGUUAUAAUCAAGUACAAGGUUUUGGUUUUUCAGAAACCUUUUCUCCAGUUGUGAAACCUGUCACUAUUAGGCUUACUUUAACUAUAGCAAUCACAAAUUAAUGGAUGCUGGCUCAGCUAGAUGUUCUAAGAUAAAUUGAGAGAAAUUUUGUGUAACAGAAAGAGAGAAUCUCAUAUUAUUGAGUAUCACAAAAGUUAGUCAGAGUUAGUUACAAAGAGAUAUAUUUAUAGGACUCUGAACUAAGAGAGUGCAGCUGUUAAUAGCUAAGACGGAGGUGCUGUUAGCAAAAGCUAACAGCUCUUACUAAACUGUUUUAACAGUUGUACAUAUGUACACUCUAAUAGAUGCCAACAAUGCCUUUCUUAAUGGCUUGCUUAAUGAGACUGUCUAUAUGACUCAACCUCCUGGUUUCCAACAAUCCAAUCCUUCUCUGGUCUGCAAACUAAAUAAAGCCUUGUAUGGGCUCAAGCAAGCCCCAAGACAGUGGUUUGAGAGCCUGCAGUCUGCUUUGAUUCAGUUUGGAUUUGUUGCUAGUAAAUGUGAUCCAUCUCUAUUUGUUUACAAGACUUCCUCUCGCACUGUAUCUUUUGGUUUAUGUGGAUGAUAUUAUAAUAACUGGCAGUUCCACUAACUUGGUUCACCAUCUGACUUCACAACUUAAUUCAAAGUUUUCUCUCAAACAACUUGGUCUGCUAGACUAUUUUUUGGGAAUUGAGGUUAAGACUCUUCGUGACAGAUCAUUACUUCUCACUCAAAGGAAAUGCAUCAGAGGUUUGUUGCAGAAAACUUCUAUGUCAGAAGCUCAACCUAUUUCCUCCCCUAUAGCUUCCAGCUGCAAACUUACUAAAACAGGUUCAGACCUCUUUUCUGAUCCUACUCUAUAUAGAUCUGUAGAGGGUGCCCUACAGUACUUAACUAUUACUAGACCUGAGAUCAGCUACUCAGUUAAAAGAGUUUGUCAGUUUAUGGCCAAUCCUUUAGACCCUCCUUGGACUGCAGUAAAAAGAAUCCUAAGAUACUUGAAAGGUACAAUGUUGCAUGGAUUACACCUUAGACCUGCUGCUCUGGGGAAACCUUAUCCUCUUCGUGCUCUCUGUGAUGCUGAUUGGGCUUCUGAUAGUGAAGAAAGAAGAUCCACGUCUGGUUCAGCCAUCUACUUUGGUCCUAAUCUCAUUUCUUGGUGGUCCCGAAAGAAGCAAGUUGUUGCAAGGUCCAGUACAGAGGCAGAAUAUCAAAGUUUGGCUCAAACUACUGCUGAAUUAUCUUGGAUUCAGACCCUUUUAACUGAGCCACAAGUUCCUUUCAUCACUCCCAUUAUCUUCUGUCAUAAUCAGAGAGCAGUUGCUAUAGCCAAUAAUCCUGUUCUUCAUGCUCGGACCAAGCACAUGGACAUUGACAUCUUCUUUGUUAGAGAAAAAGUCUUGUCCAAGCAGCUGGUUGUUCAUCAUAUUCUGGCUCUUGAUCAGUGGGCAGAUGCUCUCACCAAGCCCCUCUCUCCAACCAGAUUUUUAUUUCUAAGGACCAAACUCAAUGUGCUUGAGACUCCUUCAAAGUCUCAUCCACCUUGAAGGGGGGUAUUAGAGUAUUGUACAAAGAGUUGCAGUGUUCAACUACACUCUCAAUCAAGCCAGUUAGUUAGAAGUUAGUUAGGAGUUAGUUUUCUGUUAUGAGUGUUAGUAAGUUAGUUGGUGAAUUAGUUGGUCAUAACUAAUCACUCAGAUCUAUAAACAGAGGCUAAUACUCAUUUUUCACUUCUUCAUUCUAAACUUUUCUCUCUCAAAAUAUCUCACUUGUAUGAUCUGUUAGAACUCUUUUACAGCUUAUGUCUUUCUAGUAGAAUAAACACGAGCUAAAUUGUUCAGCUCA